AAAAAAAGAAGAAGAAGAAGAAUGCUCUUGGAACUGCCUGCAUCAGAACUGGGUGCUGGUUUAAAAGGGGUGAAGGCCAUGCCACCUGGGAAAGUUCCGCGGAAGGAGGACUUGGGGCUGCAGUGUGAGUGGGGGUCCUGCUCUUUCGUGUGCUCCGCCAUGGAGGAGUUCUGCGAGCAUGUCACUCAGCACCUGCAGCAGCACCUGCACAGCUCCGGGGACGAGGAUGAGGAUGACCCACUUGAGGAAGAAUUCUCCUGUUUGUGGCAGGGGGGGGGGCUUUUUUUUUUGGCACUGUUCGGCUUUUGUUCUCUGGACAGUUCUGCUGACCUCAUCCGCCACGUCUACUUCCACUGCUACCACACCAAGCUGAAACAGUGGGGGCUGCAGGCCUUGCAAAGCCAGGCUGACCUCAGCCCGUGCAUCCUGAACUUCCAGAGCCGGAACAUCAUUCCUGAUAUCCCCGACCACUUCCUGUGUCUGUGGGAGCACUGUGAGAGCUCUUUCGACAAUCCCGAGUGGUUCUACCGGCACGUGGAAGCCCACAGCCUGGGCUGUGAAUACCAAGCUGUUGGCAAGGACAGCCAUGUAGCACUCUGUGGCUGGAAAGGCUGUACCUGCACCUUCAAGGACCGCUUUAAGCUUCGAGAGCACCUCCGCAGCCAUACCCAGGAGAAGGUGGUGGCCUGCCCCACCUGCGGGGGCAUGUUUGCCAACAACACCAAGUUCUUAGACCACAUUCGUCGCCAGACCUCAUUGGAUCAGCAGCGCUUCCAGUGCUCUCACUGUUCCAAGAGGUUUGCCACAGAGCGGCUGCUGCGGGACCACAUGCGCAACCACGUGAAUCACUAUAAGUGCCCUCUGUGUGACAUGACCUGCCCGCUGCCCUCCUCCCUCCGCAACCACAUGCGCUUUCGCCACAGUGAGGACCGGCCCUUUAAAUGCGACUGUUGUGACUACAGCUGCAAGAAUCUGAUUGACCUCCAGAAGCACUUGGAUACCCACAGCAAGGAGCCAGCCUACAGGUGUGACUUUGAGAACUGCAGCUUCACUGCCCGAUCCCCCUGUUCUAUCAAGUCCCACUACCGCAAAGUGCACGAAGGAGACUCCGAGCCAAGGUACAAGUGUCACGUGUGUGAGAAAUGCUUCACGCGGGGCAACAACCUCACCAUUCAUCUCCGUAAGAAGCACCAGUUCAAGUGGCCCUCAGGGCACCCCCGUUUCCGGUACAAGGAGCACGAAGAUGGCUACAUGCGGCUGCAGCUGGUGCGCUACGAGAGUGUGGAGCUGACGCAGCAGCUGCUGCGGCAGCCGCAGGAAGGCUCGGGCCUUGGAGCAGCACUCAUCGAGAGCAGCCUGCAGGGCAUCAUUAUAGAAACGGUGCCAGGGGAGCCAGGACCUGAGGAUGGGAUGGAAGAGGAAGAGGAGGGCAGAGGCGAGGAGGGGACAGGCUUCUCAGUUACUCAGGACAAUGCCAGCCCUGUCAUCCAUGUAAUGAAUCAGACCAACACCCAAGGCCAGCGGGAGGUAGUCUACUAUGUGCUGUCUGAAGUCCCUGAGCCGCUCUCUGGGGGCCUCAUGGAACAACUUCAAGGAAUAUCUGCAGAGCCCGAGGGCCAGACGGUGUGAAGGCUGCAGAGCCUGCCCAUUCCUGCCCCGGGGCCUGGGGCUUGAGCCAGGUGGGUGCCGGUGCCCUUGGUGGGCGGCCCUUGCCAAUGGAUGCCUUUAGGAGUUGGUGCUGAGAGCAGCAUGGUCCACUGUGGCCUGGACCUGUGUCACCCUGCAGACUCUAAGGACUUCCUUUUCUGCCAGACCGUGUCUUAGGGAUCCUGACGAGUCUGGGUCUUGGUGACUAUCUCGGAUGUUGUUCUUGCUGCCAGGACUGUUCACAGCUUAACCCUAACCCUAGACAUGCUGGACCAUGAUGAAAUCCUUAGUCAACUCAUUUCCAUUCCUUUGAAAAAGUUGUUUUAAAUUUAUUCUUCCAUGAGCCAGAGCAUCAGAGAGGAAGAGCAAGGGCCAGUGCCCCAGCAGUCUUGAUGUUGCCGUCCACCCCAGCCUCAGCCUCCCCCGUGGGUACACAUUCCUGGUGUGCCCUGGGAGGUCUCCAAACGCCAAUUGGAAUGUCUUCACGUGGGUCAGCAUCUCAGAGUGUUGUGUUUUGCUGUCACACCACCGUCUAGCCCCCUUCUAUCCCAUCAUCAGGAUCCUUGUGCCCAGGGAGGAUACAUAACUGGUCCCUUUCCUCACCACCAGCCAAGGCUUUGAGAACCAAGCAGCCAUUUCUCUUCUAAGGGUUUGUCUUAAGACCCCAAGGACUUUCAUGAUUUCCUCAGGGAUGGUAUUGAGAGUGUGUGCUACAGUUGGUUUUGGUAAUAAAAGAAACUUGUAGAUUGUGA